AUGUUGGAGGACAUAAGGACUAAGGUGAUGAAUAGGUUGAGAGAAAAUGAUGAGUUUGUGAAUAAGUGUGCACACGGAAUAAUUGUGGUUUAUGAUGUAACCGACCAAGAGAGCUUCAACAAUGUCAAGCAAUGGUUGAGUGAAAUAGACCGAUAUGCAAGUGAUAAUGUGAACAAACUUCUUGUUGGAAAUAAGUGUGAUCUCACAGCACAGAAGGUAGUUUCCACAGAGACAGCUCAGGCUUUUGCUGAUGAAAUUGGCAUACCUUUCAUGGAAACAAGUGCAAAAAGUGCCACUAAUGUAGAAGAGGCUUUCAUGGCUAUGACCUAUGGCUGCUUCAAUCAAGAACAGAAUGGCAAGCCAACCGGCAAGAGCGGUUGCUGUUCAUCUCGAAAGGACGAAGCUCUGUUGCCUUGA